AUGAGUGUGCCGCUGUCCCUGCGGUCGACUCUGGGACCGUGUCGAGCGGUUGCCAGCAUCCACCCAGGGAGCUUGCUUCUGACCUCGAAACACCCAGUAACUCAGCUCACCCAACUGCCCUACCACCAACGACGCCCCCGUCAUGCAUCACCCACCGCCUCCAAAUGGCUUCAGCUCGUCAAGAGAUACGCGAGCACCUCGUCUGCUGCACCGCCCGUUCCGGUCACUCCGUAUUCCUCGCUGACCGUCGGUGUCCCUCGGGAGACAUUCCCUAACGAGCGUCGAGUUGCGGUAACUCCGCAAAAUGUCGCCCUGUUGCUCAAGAAAGGGUUCGCCCGCGUGUUGGUCGAACGAGGUGCUGGUGAGGAAGCUCAGCUCCUCGAUGGGGCUUACGAACAAGCCGGCGCAACCUUAGUCGAUAAAGCUACGAUCUGGUCUCAGAGUAAUGUCAUCUUGAAAGUUCGCAGUCCCCGGGAAGAUGGACCCAUCAACGAAAUUGCUGCACUUCAACAAGGCAGCACCGUCAUCUCGUUCCUCUACCCUGCGCAGAAUAAACCCCUCGUGGAAAAGCUGGCUUCUCGCGGUGUCACCACAUUCGCGAUGGACAUGAUCCCCAGAAUAUCCCGUGCUCAGACAUUUGACGCUCUUAGUUCCAUGGCCAAUAUUGCCGGGUACAAAGCUGUCCUAGAGGCAUCCAAUCAUUUUGGUCGCUUUCUGACGGGUCAAGUGACUGCUGCUGGAAAGAUCCCCCCAAGUAAGGUUUUGGUCAUCGGUGCUGGUGUUGCUGGAUUAAGUGCCAUCGCUUCAGCUCGUCGUCUCGGUGCGAUUGUCCGUGGUUUCGAUACCCGCCCCGCUGUUCGUGAACAGGUUCAGUCUCUCGGUGCUGAAUUCAUCGAAGUCGAUAUCAAAGAAGAUGGAUCCGGCCAGGGCGGAUACGCCAAGGAGAUGUCCAAGGAAUUCAUUGAAGCGGAAAUGAAACUUUUUAUGGAACAGUGCCGAGAAGUGGACAUCAUAAUCACAACCGCUCUGAUUCCUGGAAAGCCCGCACCGAAGCUCAUCACCAAGGAGAUGCUUGCUGCUAUGAAACCCGGCUCGGUGGUUGUGGACUUGGCCGCUGAGGCUGGUGGUAAUUGCGAGGCCACGGUGCCGGGACAGUUGACCACGUACAAAGAUGUCACGGUCAUUGGAUACACGGACUUCCCUUCCCGACUCCCAACUCAAUCAUCGACGCUCUAUUCCAAUAACAUCACUAAGUUCCUCCUGUCAAUGGCGCCGCAAGAGAAGUCUUUCGGCGUUGACCUCUCCGACGAAGUCGUCCGUGGAUCAAUUGUCACCCUCAAUGGAGAAAUUCUGCCACCUGCACCUCGACCGGCGCCCCCGCCUGCCCCCAAAGUAGAGGCGGCAGCCCCGGCAAAGGAACAGGCGGAAUUGGCCCUUACACCUUGGCAAAAGGCUACACGCGACGUCGCGCUGGUAACUGGUGGCAUGGGCACCGCCCUUGCUUUGGGCAAGGCCACAGGUCCUAUCUUUAUGGGUAACAUGAUGACUUUCGGUCUGGCUGGUCUUGUUGGCUACCGCGCAGUGUGGGGUGUUGCUCCAGCACUCCAUUCCCCUUUGAUGAGUGUUACCAACGCCAUCUCUGGAAUGGUCGGUAUUGGAGGCUUCUUCAUUAUGGGCGGUGGGUAUCUGCCCACUACCAUACCGGAGAUGCUAGGCGCGGCUUCGGUGCUCCUCGCGUUCAUGAACGUAUCGGGAGGAUUCGUGAUCACAAAGCGCAUGCUGGACAUGUUCAAACGCCCCACUGAUCCUCCUGAAUAUCCAUGGCUUUAUGCUAUACCUGCGGCUGUUUUCGGCGGAGGGUUCAUUGCUGCUGCUAGCACGGGCAUGGCGGGCUUGGUACCUGCUGGCUAUCUAGUCAGCAGCAUUCUGUGCAUUGGUUCAAUCUCCGGACUUGCAUCCCAGCAAACAGCUAGACGAGGAAACAUUCUGGGAAUUCUUGGAGUAGCAUCUGGAAUUCUCGCCUCCCUUGCGGCUGUCGGAUUCUCCCCUGAAGUGUUGACUCAAUUCGCCGCUGUUGCAGGAACCGGCGGUCUCAUUGGUGCCCUGAUCGGACGUCGUAUUACUCCUACUGGCCUCCCUCAAACUGUUGCCGCUCUUCACUCCGUGGUUGGACUGGCGGCCGUCCUUACCAGUAUUGGCAGCGUUAUCGCCGACAUUUCUGACAUUUCCACCUUGCAUAUGGUGACGGCCUAUCUGGGUGUUCUUAUCGGCGGUGUCACGUUCACCGGUUCCAUCGUUGCCUUUAUGAAACUCGCAGGUCGCAUGUCAUCGAAACCUACUAUCCUGCCCGGUCGGCACCUGAUCAACUCGACUCUCCUGGGCAGUAAUAUCGCGACAAUGGGAGCGUUCAUUACAAUGGGCCCAGCGUCUCCGGUUAUUGCAGCGACGUGUCUUGGAGCAAACACAGCACUCAGUUUCUUGAAAGGAUAUACUACCACCGCGGCCAUUGGUGGUGCCGAUAUGCGUACGUCUUGUUACUCUGUUGAAGUCUCGUGCCCAUGGCUAAUAAGAGUAGCUGUUGUUAUUACCGUCCUGAACGCAUACUCAGGAUUUGCGCUGGUAGCAGAGGGUCUUAUGCUGAACAAUCCGCUGCUCACCAGUGUGGGAUCCCUGAUUGGCGUGAGCGGUUCGAUCCUGUCGUAUAUAAUGUGUGUUGCGAUGAACCGGUCUCUCACGAACGUACUCUUUGGCGGAAUCGCAGCUCCCCAACAAGCCAAGAAGAUUGAGGGACAAGUGACCCAAACGACCGUCGACGACACCGUAGAAGCAUUGUCUAAUGCGGAGAACGUCAUCAUUGUUGUCGGAUACGGCAUGGCUGUCGCGAAAGCGCAAUACGCACUCGCAGAAAUUGUCCACAUGCUCCGCGCCAGGGGCGUCAAUGUGCGCUUCGCUAUUCACCCCGUGGCUGGAAGAAUGCCAGGACAAUGCAAUGUCCUCCUCGCCGAGGCCUCCGUACCUUACGACAUUGUGCUUGAGAUGGACGAGAUCAACGACGACUUUGCUGACACGGACGUGACCCUUGUUAUCGGGGCAAAUGACACCGUCAACCCCAGCGCAUUGGAGCCUGAUUCGCCCAUCUCCGGAAUGCCAGUUCUACAGGCUUGGAAGAGCAAGGAGGUGAUUGUUAUGAAGCGUGGAAUGUCCAGCGGAUAUGCCGAUGUUCCCAACCCGAUGUUCUACAUGCCCGGAACGCGGAUGCUAUUUGGGGAUGCGAAGACAUCGUGUGAUGCCAUCAAAGCUAGUCUCGAGGCGCGUAAAUAG